AUGACUUAGCGCCGUAUCCCCGGAGCCCUGGCACUGGCAGCGGCAUGAGGUAAACAAACCAGCAUGGCGAGCUUCAAGAGGACGCACACCCGGGGGUACUCCCGGGCGGCGGCCAAGACCACCUCAGACACACUCUACUGGAGGAAACUUGAGUUUCCAGUGACAGUCAAGGAGUUCACGGCAAUAAACAGUGUAGAUGUCAGCCCUGCCGAGCCACACUACAUUGCAGUCACCUCAGGCCCAAAGAUUGAUGUGUACCACCGGGAGACAACACAGGUGUGGCGCACCAUCUCCAGGUUUCAGCGGCUGGCGUAUGGAGGCAGGUUCAGACAGGAUGGGCAGCUGCUUCUGGCCGGCUCAGAGGAAGGUGCCAUCAAGCUCUUCAACCACAGACAAAAGCAGCUCCUUAGGAUAUUCAAAGGACAUGAAGGCCCCACCCACCGUGUUGACUUCAUCCAGGGUGUCCCUCAGAUUGUCUCCUUCUCUGACGACAAGACAGGAGUGGUGUGGGACAUGACCAAUGAGGACAAGUUGUGCACUCUUUCCGGACACACGGACUUCAUUCGCACUGGUCUGGCAAGCCCUGCGUCGCAGCACAUCAUCCUGACCGGCUCAUACGACCACACGGUGCGGCUUUGGGACACACGCACCUCCUCCAGUGUGUUGACGGUGGACCACGGCGCCCCUGUGGAGAGUCUGGUGUGCUUCCCCUCUGGUGGCGUCUUUGUGUCCUCGGGUGGAUGUGAGGUGAAGGUGUGGGAUGCCAUUUCGGGCCGCCUGCUCUCCAAGGUGUCGCAGCAUCACAAGACCAUCACUUGCCUUGCCCUCGCCAGCAACCAGAAGCGACUCCUAUCUGGCUCCCUUGACCGCCACAUCAAGAUCUAUGAUGUGGACACUUACUCCGUAGUGCACACCCUCACCUAUCCUGCUCCUAUCCUGUGCAUGGCAGUGGCGCCUGAAGACGCUACACUGGCGGUGGGCAUGAUAGCCGCUGGGUCUGGCCUCAUGUCCUUCCAGCACCGCCGCAGCCCUGAAGUUUCCACUCACCAGGUUGCCAAGGAAGCCGGUGCCAAGGCCAACAUCAGGAACACCAUCUCAGACGACUACAGAACUCUCUCGGAUGAUCACAUUGUCCCUAGUAUGACCACAGAGAAGAUGGCAAAAUAUGACAAGAUGAUCUGCAAGUUUGAGUACAGCCGAGCUCUUGAUGCUGUCAUGUUGUCCUUCAUUGCCAACAAGUGUACCAGCAUCUCAGUGGGAGUCCUACAGGAGCUUAUCAGACGUGGAGGCAUCCGGACGGCAGUGGCCGGCAGGGAUGUGAAGAAACUUACUCCCCUCCUCAGCUUCCUCAUCAAGAACAUCCGACACCCAGCGUACAAGCCGGUCCUCAUGGAUGUUGCUAAUGUUGUCAUUGACGUGUAUGGGGACACCUUGGAUGAAAACCCACAGCUGGUGAGGCAUUUCCAGCGCCUGAAGGAGGAGGUUGCUGCAGAACUCCAGCUGAUAGUGGAGCACAGUGCCCUGAUGGGAGCCAUUCAGAUGUUCCUCACUACCUCUAACCCUCACCUCAACACCUCCCUGGUUAGUGUUCAGCAGCUGGCUACCACUGAGUGUUCCAGCACACCAGCCAGGAUGCUGCACCCUUCGUCCUCUGCUAAGUCUGCCUCCAAUCUGGUGGUGGAUGUUAACUGACCCCCCCCCACACCUGUUAGUAAAGGAAAUAAAGAUGUCUUUUUA